UCUGGGGGUUGGGGGAGGGGGGUUCAGUGAUAAUGUUAUGCAGACUCAGUAGUGUCAGGUGUUUAGUAAGUAAGGUGCUCUGUACAUACCAACUGUGAUUGUCAUAACUUGCUGCUGGAGUGAGCCCAGAACAUGGAAGCCAGCACCUGAAGGAUCUGUGGGGCUUGAGUUGCGGGUACCUAGCUUUACCUUGUAGGCUCAUGGGCAGAACCUCCCAGUAACUCCCAAUGUGGGCGUUGCAUGCAGUCUGGCUUGUGACCCUUGCUGGGCCCUCCUUGCAGCUUCCCACCUGUCCCUGACAGUGCCCUUGCUGCGGUCUGGAGAGACUUGCUUUUGCCCAGACGGCCAGUGUCUCACAGCAGAGCCAGGGCCAGAUACCAGGGCUCAGGGUGGUCACUCAGCUCCUCCCAGAUCAGGCAGGGAAUUUCUAAAUAGCCCCCAGGGGGCUGAGGGCUCUCAGGAGCAGGGGCCAGGGUAGCGGAGCGGCGGAGUGUGGGUUUGGAAUUGGGCUCGGGGUACCCCCAAUCUAGGCACCUGAGGGCCUUGGCUCUCUGCCCCUCACUGUACCCAGGCUCUGUAGAAGGUUUUUGGGCAGUGGCUGCAGACCCACCCAGAGGAGGGGGGAUGGGGUGGUGGGAGAGUUUGGGCAGGCUCCGGCAGAGGGGCCAGAGAACCCAGGGCCCCUGUCUUGCCCGGGCCUUGCUGUGGGUGGAGAGGGCUAUGUUAUACUCUGGCAUGCUCGUGGGGAUGGGAGAUGUGGAUGUGCAGAUGUGCUUCCAGAGGCAGGGAUGGGAUUAGGGUGUCUGGAGCCAAAGCCUGCCACCCUAGGGAAUGAGUUGGGCCUGCCUGGGUGCAUGUGUAUCCCAGGGCCAUGCUGGAGGUGCCAGGGCAAGGCUGAAGAGCAAGCCAAUCGGAUCCAGAAAAAUCCCUGGCAGCCAUGCGGAUGUGGAAUUUUCCCCAUUCCAGAGUCGCCCAGUAAUGGCGGGGGCAGCGGGGCUCUGACACAGCCCAUGACCCACUGAGUGGCCAGCCCAUGUCCCACUGUGCAAUGCCCACAGCUGGGGCUGCACAUUCCCAGCCUAGGCGGGCAUUAGUUCCCAUCCUUGGUCCUCCUCUGCGGUGAGGAGGGAAACCAGGUACUGAAAGAAGGUGGCCCAUGGAUGGGGCACCUGCAUGCUGAUGGUGCUAUGCUCAGCCCUUAUGGACACCCUAGAGAGGAGGGGUCAGCGGAGACCUCCUAGAGCAUGACUGGUUGGAGAUGGGCCCCUCGCCUGAGCUUCCCUCAAGGGAUUCUGGCUCCCUCUCCUCCCCACUCAUCCACAUUUUAGACCCCAAACGUGUGUCCCCAGCAGGAGGCCAUACCUCACAUUGGAUAUUCAGGGUUCCGGAGCCCCCAAUAAAAGUUCAGCAACUAGUCUAGCCACCUCCCUUUGCCCAGAGCUGGCCUGCCCGCAUCACCACCACCACGCCACCCCGUUUCCCAGGCACCCUCGAGUUCCCUUCCGGGGCUGGGAGCUCAGCCGAGCUUCAGGGUCCAGCGGUGGGACAAUGGCCCCGUUGGCGCUUCCGAGACAAACGCGCCUUGUUGAGCCGGCGGCGGGGGCGCGGCGUUGCGCUCGGGGACGCUGAAUGCGGCUUCUGUGCGUCCCGGCCGGGCGCGGAGGGGCCGGGAGGGGGCCGGGGCCAGGCCGCCUAUUGGCCGCAGUACCGGGGGAAGGGCCAGGCUGGCGGCCGCACCUGGCCGGGGUGAGUGUGGCGGCGGCGGCGGGAGCAUGGUCCAGGCCCGGUGGAGUCGGGGGCCCGGGCGGUUACGCCCCGCCACCUAGUGAGCGCCCGGGCGUCGCGGCCCGGGACCGAAGCAGCCACGCCAGGCCCGAGGAGAACCGGGCCAAGGUGUCUGAGAUGCCGCUGCCGCAGAAGAAGCGCUGGGUGUCCAUGGCCAAGGGGCUGGUGCUGGGGGCACUCUUCACCAGCUUCCUGCUGCUGCUGUAUUCCUACGCUGCCCCCCCGCUGCACGCUGGCCUGGCCUCCACCAGGACCCCAGAGGGCACAGCACCCUGCUCCCCGGCGCCGGGUGAGUCCGAGGCGCUGGCCCCGGCCAACCGCUCUGCGGGAGGGUGCCAGCCUCGGCGCGACAUCGUGUUCAUGAAGACGCACAAGACGGCCAGCAGCACGCUGCUCAACAUCCUGUUCCGCUUUGGCCAGAAGCACGGGCUCAAGUUCGCCUUCCCCAACGGCCGCAACGACUUCGACUACCCGGCCUUCUUCGCUCGCAGCCUGGUGCAGGACUACCGGCCCGGCGCCUGCUUUAACAUCAUCUGCAACCACAUGCGCUUCCACUACGACGAGGUGCGCGGUCUGGUGCCGCCCAACGCCACGUUCAUCACCGUGCUCCGCGCCCCCGCCCGCCUCUUCGAGUCCUCCUUCCACUACUUUGGCUCGGUGGUGCCCUUCACGUGGAAGCUCUCGGGUCGCGACAAGCUGGCCGAGUUCCUGCAGGACCCAGACCGCUACUAUGACCCCAACGGCUACAACGCCCACUACCUCCGCAACCUGCUCUUCUUCGACCUGGGCUACGACAGCGGCCUGGACCCCGGCGACCCGCAGGUUCAGGAGCACAUCCUGGAGGUGGAGCGCCGCUUCCACCUGGUGCUCCUGCAGGAGUACUUCGACGAGUCCCUGGUGCUGCUCAAGGACUUGCUGUGCUGGGAGCUGGAGGACGUGCUUUACUUCAAGCUCAACGCCCGCCGCGCCUCGGCCGUGCCGCGCCUCUCCGGGGAGCUGUACCGGCGCGCCACGGCCUGGAACGUGCUGGACGCCCGCCUCUACCGCCACUUCAACGCCAGCUUCUGGCGCAAGGUGGAGGCGUUCGGGCGGGAGCGCAUGGCCCGCGAGGUGGCCGCGCUGCGGCGUGCCAACGAGCGCAUGCGGCGCAUCUGCAUCGACGGGGGCCGCGCCGUGGACGCCACCGCCAUCCAGGACUCGGCCAUGCAGCCCUGGCAGCCGCUGGGCGCCAAGUCCAUCCUCGGCUACAACCUCAAGAAGAGCAUCGGGCAGCGGCACGCGCAGCUCUGCCGUCGCAUGCUCACGCCUGAGAUCCAGUACCUGAUGGACCUUGGCGUCAACCUGUGGGUCACUAAGCUCUGGAAGCUCAUCCGGGACUUUCUGAGGUGGUGACGCCCCGCCCACUGGCGGCCCCCUCUGCCCGCCGGAUCGCUGAGGGGGUGCUGGGCGGGGGGCACGCCGGCCUCCCCUGUGCCCUCCUGGUGCCACCCCAGCUCUGGGGGUGAGGUGGGGCUGCUGCGGGGACUGGGCCCACGGCACACAGGUCCUCAGAUCAGUAUUUGACUAAUUAUAGCUUUUUUUUUUUUAAAGAUUUAAAUCCCCUUCCCUCCAAAAAAGAAUGUUCUAUUUCCUGCCUCCCCUUAAAGGGGAGACUUCAGAAGUA